AUGCCUCCACCUCCGCUAACCAUCAAGACCGAUGCGUCUUCGCGAGGUCGCUCCUUCCCAACGCCGUUCAAAUGCAGCGGAGACUUUUGCGGCUUUGCAUUACAGCUGAGCCGGGCGGACCCCAUGAACGCCCAUCGAGCUGGAGGAAGACGAGCUGCUGCGCCGCCGCCUCAAGCUGCAGCAGCGUCGGCUCUGUCGCUUUUAUUCACGAAGGAGGAACUGCGGGUGCUUGGAGAUGCGAAUCUCAGUCGACUGGUGACGGCCAUGGAAAUCGCGCAGUCGACAGGCAAGGGCAUCGACGGGAAGCUACUGGAGGGCGGAGAUCUGUGUGUCAUCACAUACAAGUCUAUUGCAUUGGGUAGGAGCAACAAGGAGCAUCUACAGAAAGCUACACAAGGUGCUAGUCAACUGCAGUCCAGCGUUGACUCGCCGACCAAGGCUGGACGGCGACAGCAGUCGCGUCUGCUGGACAACACACUGGCUCAAGAGCUGCGUGAGAGCACACGAACGCGUGUAUUUGGAGAGAUGGACGGUGUGGCUAACUACUACCGUCAAGUGCGAGUAUGUAGCGACUGCUACUCUGUCUACGCGCUGUUGGACCAGGCACGGCAGAUGGCAGCCGGACCGCUCGCACUGGACGAGAAGGUGCAAAAGAAGCAGCAAUUGAAGAGGAAGCAGCAGCAGAUUAGUCGGAAACGAGGUUUGAUCGAGGAGAAGUGGGAAGAGCGUGGGACGCAGGAGGUUCACGAGAAAGAAGCAGUUCUAUUACGUAAACGUCACGAUGGCUCGAAACUCAAGCAGUUAGCGGAUGUAGCAGAAUCACUCGACACAACUGAAGAAACAGACAGCUCUUCCACUUUACCAGUUCUUGCAAACAGCAGCAAUAGCACCAGAAGCAACACUGACCUCUUCAAAGCGGGCAAUGGCAAGGCUAGCAGUAAACACACAGUCAGCAUGCCCUCACUGCAGAAUCCUGAGACUGCUUCACCGAAGAAUAUCAAAUCUGCAUCAAGUGUCUCGAUGAACCAGCCACGUGACCAAAAGCAAUUACUGCGCAACAAUGAUACUUUUGUGGGUAUAGACAACUACUUGCGCGGCGUCAGCAAACGCAUCGAGGCUUCGUCACUCGAACCAGACCAGCUCUUUCGAGAAGGAGGAGCCAACACGAAAAACUCCUCAAAAAUUGACAGUUAUGGGGGUCCGGCAUCGAUUCUCCUCGUCUCCUCGGACACCGCAGUGCUAGACGACGUGCAUCGGAUGCUGCGCAGUUUCUCUUCGCCCACAUUUGAGCUCGAAGUCGAAAGCAUGACAGACGGUCGACAAGCUCUGCGUGUGGCUCAAGAUUUCGACUACGACGUGAUCCUCGUGGAACGAGAUUUGGCACAAGGCGACAUGACGGGACUGGAAUUCUCUCGGUUGCUGAGGCAGUCGCAGCUCAAGCGCAGAAUUCAAGCCAAAGUCACGAGCCCCACCACUAUCCUCUGCUUAAGUUCACAGACGACGCCCGACGAUCUUCAGCUGUACAAGGACAGCGGCAUGGAUGGCUGCAUCGGCAAGCCAGUGCAUAGCGAGUCGCUUCAUCACACGCUUCAAGCAGCACUUCGCGCACGGAUAGCUCACUUGUCGCGUCCAAGGCCGACAGGAAACGAGGAAGUGUAUGCAGCUACACUGGCGCUCGCCAAAGCGAAAGAGGAGCAACGAGCGCGACAACGUCGACAUCGACGUCGACUGGAGGCUUCACACUCACUGGCAAUGCCUGGUCUGGCCGACAUGGACUCACGUGAUGACUAUGCGCAUGGGACUUUUCAAAUGGAUGCCGAGACUUCCAUUCCUUUCUGUGUCAUGGGUGGUGCUCGAGCGAGUGUAGUUGACAAGAUGACAGGCCCCACGGACUCGAGCGAGGCUUUCUUUAACCUGGUUGUUGUUCACGACCUGUAUGACACUUGGGAGCGUUUGCAGAUUCUACUACAGUCACUGGUAACACGUUAUCGUGGUCGGGUGCAGGUGCUUCUAUGGAAUUAUCCGGGUCAGGCGUACACAACGUGGAGGAGAGGAACUUUGCUGAAUAAUACUUUCCAUGUGGCGUGUCUUACUGCGCUACUUGGUCACGUGACUGGAGCGUCGGGGGGCGAUCGACUGCUCCGAGACAAGCCUUAUCAUCUCGUUGGACUCGGCAAUGGAGGUAACAUUGCCUUGAGUUUCUGUUGCUCAGCUCAGCCACGUGACGCGAAUACCCGAUCACUGGUACUACUCAAUAGUUUUGCUCAUGUCGACGCACAACUUGCCCAGUUCUUACAUGACAGCGCCAAAGUAUUGACGUGUACGCCCGAGUCACGCCCAGAUCUCCCUGUGUAUUUCCACGCCCGAUUCCUCUUCUCAUCGACGUAUCUCGCACGAGUAUCCACGCCUCUGGCACUCAAUCUGUACACGGCCGUACUCAACCCCAUCACACUCGAAGGUCGACAGGCUCUUACGCUCGGCGCGUUAGCACACCACGAUCUCCGACCGGAUCUCAAGCAUCUUCGCGUUCCUCUGAUAUCGCUUUGCUCGGUUCAAAACGGCCUGAUUGAUGUUGAAAGCCAGGUCGAGACAGUCUUGGCUCUGGCAAAUCUGGAGCUUGUGGACUCAAUUGGUAAAGUAUUGAGAUAUCGACGCGUCAAGUCUGUGCAACGACAUUCUGCUGGCCAUAGCAAACGUCCCGGUUGUGUUAUUUGGCUCCCUGGCGGCCACGAAUCUUUACAAGAAUGCAAACAAGACGUCCUCGUGUUGUUAGAGCAGCUCGUCACUGGAUUCCAUGAACUAAACGACGUUCCUCACGGUACGAGUCGGAAACUACAGCAAUUAUCACCGGAGAAGCAGAAAUCGAGAUGUGAGGACGAACCACAGCGAGGAAUCUCCGACAACCAAAGCAAGAAGAACGAGAAACCCCAGCGGAACUUCGAAGACGCUUUCAUCGACCGUGUAUUGACUACAGUCAACGAGGCUGUGCCUACCAACACACAGAAGCCGUUGGAUGCACAGUGGCGACUCCACCAGCAGCAGAUCGCUGACCAGGCAGCUCUGGAGUCUUCCGUGGGUAUUACCAAGACUCAAGCAACAAACUCUCACUCGAACCAGCUCGGAUCAUCCAAACCGUCCAAGCUCAUCGCCCUCACGACGUGGGAUCCCACCACACCAGCCUUUGAGCGCAUUAGCACUAACGUCGUGUACCAACCAGGUGCCGGCAGUAAAAUCUACCCGUUGCUGCCUGAAGUGAAGGAAUACAUGGGCUGGCGAGUACGUCGCAACCAGAAACGACUGCAGCGCAUGGCUGCAAUGGCUCGAGUAAUUCAACGAGCUUUCCGAGCCUUCUACGCGCGUACACUGACACGACGACUGCACCGUGAAAAGUGCGCCGUCAAUCUGCAACGUCUGUGGCGAGCCCGCGUCGCUCGCAAGCGAUACAAAGGCCUCAAACGUGAAGACUGGGCCGCUCGUUUGCUCCAGCGUCACUGGAGAGGGAAAAUGGGACGGACGUCGUACAAACAGCGCAUGUUGGAGUACUUGGCAGCGUUGGACAUCCAGCGAAUCGCACGGGGUUGGCUCGCACGACGUUCCGUGCUGCGUCGACAACAACAGAUCCACCGAUCGAUUGUACGAGUCCAGCAGCUAAUGAGGCGAUACGUAGCACGCAUGAAGAUGUUCAGGCAACGACGUCGGCGUAACGCAGCUAUGAACAUCCAGCGUGUGUUCCGUGGACUGCUGGGACGUCGACGAUUCGCCCGCGAGCGCGAGAAGUUCCUCUUCUCCAAGACUCAGUCUCAAGGUCUGACGUUCGGUAAGCAGCUACUGCUCGAGUACAAACUCUACGGCACAAAGUUGCAGAGUGACGUCGCGCUGCUUGCACGCGAGAAAAGUGACGUCGAAGCGCAGGCCGAGAAGCUGGUUAAGGAGAUCUGUGAGUUUGACGAAGGCAUCCGAUUACUGGAGACCGAGCUGCUGGCUCUGGGGAAGGCGGAAACGGAUAGCAACGCACCGGGUGGCGUUAACCGAACGCUGGACGAGACGGCGAAGUGGGCACUACGCGAGCAAAAAAUGCGACUGGAUCGAGAAUUCUCGCAAAUGCUCGCACAGAUCGCCCAACGUCGAGAAAAACUCGCGACACUGGAGGAAACACUGGCACGUGUCGACCAAGAGAGACUGCGGAAAGAGGAAGAACUCAAGGCGCUUGAACGGAAACUGGUAUUGUUGCUUGAUGAGCAGCAGAAGGAGCUGGCGCGCAUUCGUGAUAAGCAGGAAACACGCUCUCAACUCGCACUAGAUCUAAUCCCGCCAGGGUCUGUUCUCCCGGGCACGAUGGCAUCAGGACCUGGUAGUGUCUUUGCGAAUAGUCCUGUGCCUGGUGGUCCCAUAACGUUGAGUCCAACCGCCAGCGCAUUCGGACCUGGCAGUGGAUUCCGUACAACACCUGGUGCCGCUACUCAAGGCUUUACAUCGCAGCAGCGACAAGAAGCCGCUUCACUCAUGGAGUCAACCGAGACGAUGAUGAAGUUCGGCUUUAUGUCCAUGUCCAUGACGUACUUUAGCAGUAUGAACAUGGUGCGUGCCAUGCGGAAGAUCGGUGCGCACCACUUGACACUCGACAGCGCUGCGGCUGUAUCACAGCAGCGGUGGCCCGAAAAUUCUGCAGCCGAAACGCAGUCAAAGACGUUAAUGAGUCCUGCUGGUUUUCAGCCCGGCAUCCCACCCGGAGCGUUCCCAGGACAGCAACCGAUGCAAGUGGCGGGUUGGAGUGUGAGCGACGUCGGUCGUUGGCUCGAUACGUUGGCGUUGGCGCAGUACAAACGCGCAUUCGCCGACGCCACAGUGGAUGGAGCUCUACUGCUUCAUCUCACGGACGACGACCUGCGCAACACUCUGGGUAUGGAGCACCGACUGCACCGCAAGAAGGUGCUCACGGCGGUGGAGGAGAUGCGAGUGCGUGAGCGCAACCAGAUGAGACAGCUCUUCGGAGACGGCACCGGCGGCAUCGGUGCCAAUCCUGCAGUCUCUGAGGCGAUUGCUAUGUCGAGUAACAGUCCUGUGAGAACGGUACCAGCAACCACCGCUAACCCGGUCAAUGCCGUCUCGAAUCCCGUUCCUACGUCGUCCGUUAGUCCGCCACCAGGUUCGAGUGCUUCUCCUCCUCCUGGUGCAGGUCGAGUGGUGGUCUCGUUCAACGAGUUCUGCAGUCUCGUACGCCACGGUAAAGUCAAGCAGAUUCGAGAAGCUCUGCAGGAUGUCCCCGAACGGAAGUUUGAUCCGCUGACGGUCAAGACGCCGUUCGCGCCGGGCACAGGCACCAUUUACAACGACCAACUGGAGAAGAGCGUCUUCCACGUGAACAAGGGCGACGACAACGGCAACUCGCCUCUGCUGCUAGCUGCGCAGAAUAACCAUCUCAAAGUAGCACAGUUGCUGCUGUCCAAAGGCGCCAACCCGGACCACCAGAACAGUCACGGUCACACGGCAGGUCACUACGCUAUGGCCUACAGCUUCUUCGACCUGGGCGCGUGGCUGUUGGAUCCUGAUAAAGGAGGCGGUCGUGACGAUAUUCCGAACGAAAACGGCCUCACCGCCUACGACGGUCUCAAUUGA